GGGUGGACGGCGGCCAGGGUCGCUGCGUCCAGCUCGGUGCCACGCCCCGGCCGGUGCUGCGGGAGCCUCAGCCAUGCUGUUCUGGCACACGCAGCCCGAACACUACAACCAGCACAACUCUGGCAGCUACUUGCGUGAUGUGCUGGCUCUGCCCAUCUUCAAGCAGGAAGAGCCGCAGCUGUCUCCUGAGAAUGGGGCCCGUUUGCCGCCCCUACAGUAUGUGCUGUGUGCUGCCACCUCUCCAGCGGUGAAGCUACAUGAAGAGACCUUGACAUACCUCAAUCAAGGUCAAUCAUAUGAAAUCCGGCUGCUGGAGAAUCGGAAGCUAGGGGACUUCCAAGAUCUGAACACAAAAUAUGUGAAGAGCAUCAUCCGUGUGGUUUUCCAUGACCGCCGGCUGCAGUACACAGAGUACCAGCAGUUGGAGGGCUGGCGGUGGAGCCGGCCUGGGGACCGCAUCCUGGACAUUGAUAUUCCACUGUCUGUUGGUAUCUUGGACCCCAGGGCCAGUCCAACCCAGCUAAAUGCUGUGGAAUUUUUGUGGGAUCCUGCAAAGAGAGCAUCUGCAUUCAUUCAGGUGCACUGCAUCAGUACGGAGUUCACCCCCAGGAAGCACGGGGGUGAGAAGGGUGUGCCUUUUCGGGUGCAGAUCGACACGUUUAAGCAGAAUGAGAACGGGGAGUACACGGAGCAUCUGCACUCCGCCAGCUGCCAGAUCAAGGUGUUCAAGCCCAAGGGAGCCGAUCGGAAACAGAAGACCGACCGGGAAAAGAUGGAAAAAAGGACAGCUCAGGAGAAGGAGAAAUACCAGCCAUCCUAUGAAACCACCAUCCUCACCGAGUGCUCUCCGUGGCCUGACGUACCCUACCAGGCGAACAGCACUCCAUCCCCAAGCUACAAUGGCUCUCCCAACAGCUUUGGCCUCCGUGAAGGUAACAGCUCACCUAAUCACCCGGUGGAGCCCUUACCCCUGGGCAGUGACCACCUGCUCCCAUCAGCCUCUAUCCAGGACGCACAGCAGUGGCUGCACCGCAACCGCUUCUCACAAUUCUGCUGGCUCUUUGCCAGCUUCUCAGGUGCUGACCUCCUGAAGAUGUCCAGAGAUGAUUUGGUCCAGGUCUGUGGCCCUGCAGAUGGGAUUCGGCUCUUCAAUGCCAUCAAAGGCAGGAAUGUGAGGCCGAAGAUGACCAUCUAUGUCUGUCAGGAGCUGGAGCAGAACCAGCUACCCCUGCCACAGAAGCAGGAUGACAGUGGGGACAACAGCCUGUGUGUAUACCACGCUAUCUUCCUGGAAGAGCUGACCACCCUGGAGCUGACCGAGAAGAUCGCCAGCCUGUACAGCAUUCCCCCACAGCACAUCCACCGGGUCUAUCGGCAGGGUCCUGCCGGCAUCCACGUGGUGGUAAGCAACGAGAUGGUUCAGAAUUUUCAAGAUGAGUCUUGUUUUAUCCUCAGCACAUUAAAAGCAGAAAGCAAUGAUGGCUACCACAUCAUCCUGAAGUGUGGACUCUGAACAGCAGCGCCUGCACCUGUCCCCUGCCCCACGGAUCCCUGGCUGUAGAAGGCGUACCACUGUCAGCUGCUGUCUCACCUAACAAGCUCAGACUAGGGGGGACUCUACCCAGACCAGGAAAACUACAGAUGACCAUGGACACAAAGUCUGCUGUACAGAAAGCCAAUGGUUCCCUUCUCCUUUCUUCUUGGCUUUUAGCUUUUUAACAGUUUCUUGUUCUGUUUCCUGGGCAGACAGUGGUGACAUACAUCUCUUAAACUCUGAUCCCUGCAGUUGGAGGGUCCAUUGAUGUAUUGGUCUUUCCUGUCUCCUCUCUUCCCUCACCCCGAUCUUGCCUCUUCUUCUCGAGUCACUGGCUUCAUGGCUAGCUCUGCCCACCUCCCAGGGAUGCCACACAGUUCUCCUCCUAAUACUGACUUCCCUUCUCAGGAUCCUAGUAGCCACGCCUCUCCUGUUCUUGGAUGACUUGAUAGGACUGAAGCUAUUUAUUUUAUGCUGUAGAAGGUGUACCACUGUCAGCUGCUGUCUUAAUACAUGGCUUUUGGGACACCCAAGUCAGUCACCUUGUCUCUAAGAAUCUGCUAUAUUCAAGCCCAGAGUCUCUGCAUUGACAUGGCAGAUGGCACAGUGUACCUAUGUGACCUCUCAUGGCAUUGUGUAUUAGUUCUUUUUAUGUUGCUGUGAUAAGAUACUCUGACAAAGGCAACUUGGUGAAGAAAGGGCUUGUUUGGGCUUAGAGUUGUAGGGAUAGAUUAUUAUGGUGAGGAAGGUACCAAACAAAAAGCUAGUUGAUUUCAUUUUCAUAUAUAUAGGAAGCACAGAGAGAGAAAGAGCAGGAACAGGAGAUGGUACAAUCCCUCAAGGCCCACCAACCCCAGUGACAUCCUUCCUCCAGCAAGACUGCAUCCUCUAAAAAAAAGUCCCAUGACCUCAGCAGACCACACCACCAACUGGGACCACACAUUCAGAUACAUGAGCCUAUGGGGCACAAUUCUCAUUCGAACCACACAUUUUGCCCAUGUGGCCUCUCACAGUUGCUAGUCAGAGAUGCUAUGGACCAGGAGAUGACAUGUGACUUCCUCACCAGCGGGGAGAGAUGAUACCACCAUGAUUCUACCAGCACUACUACUGUGUGGUCUCAUUUCCUGUUGAGUAGAGAGUACUAAGGGGUGCCGAUUCUGUUAUCCAGUGGCCUUGACCAUCCAUUCUAGACCAUCUGGGUUGCAGUAUGUCUCAGUACAUCUCUCCCUGGCAACUAUGAGGCCCUGGCAACCAUCCCAGUGCUACAGCAGGAGGGACUUACUGAAUUCCCCUUUUCAGACAACCUCAGCUAACCAUUGCUGUUUGUCAAGUGACCCAGGGGUAGUGUGUUCUCCAGGGCUCAUUUAAGAUUUUAUGUUUUCCCAAGGGUAGGUGUAUAGAUAGGGUGUUUUGUCUUUGUUGGCAUGGUUGAAUCAAUCACCUUUCUUUACUCCGGGGGAUUUUGAGGAUCAGUAGCUAUGGUAGACUUAAGAGUUCGUCUUCAUUUUGUUAGGGAUCUAUGCCCACCCAACACUUCAACCAACUGUUACCUAAUUCAAGUUUCCUCAAGCCAUGGUGAGUUACUUCUAGGCUCAAAGAUUUGUCAAAGGUUUUGGCAAAUAUUAUUUUACAGGCAGAGAAACUAGUCCCACAGCAAAGCUGGGCUCAGUUCCUUGUUUUUUGGGGUUGACAGUUUUAUUGAGAUGUUGGUGCUGUGAAUAUAUUGGCACAGGCUUUUGUGUGGACAGGGUUUCAUUUUGGGAAUGUGCCUGGUAGAAUGGACAGCUCCUAAGGUGACUUUUCACCAAUUUGAGGAAUUACCUCGUGUUUCCCACAUAGCCACACCUGUUUGCAUUACCACCAGCAAUGGAGGAUGGUUCUGGUUUCUCUGCCUCCUCAUCAACAUUUGCUGUGAGAUCUCAUUUGUGCCUUCCUGCUUGCCUGUCCUCCUCUGACCCUUCUUCCAUCUCUCCCUUCUGCGUAGUCCUGCCUGGCCCCAAAGUCACCAAGUACAAGAGGAUAAUUGAACUUCUGAUCCCCCUGCCUCUGCUUCCUCAGUGCUGAGACUAUAGAAAAGUGUCCCCCCACCUAAUUCAUGCAGCGCUGAGACAAAAUCCCGAGCGUUGUGCUUGCUGGGCAGUGUUCUCUCCCAGCUGAGCCACCACCGCCCUAGUGUUGACUUGUCAUUUAUUACAAUUCCCUGCGGCUGUCAUGCAUGUCUCUGGCUAUGAUAGUCAAUGUCUCUUCACGUUGAUUGACUGUUUGUAUAUCUUUGGGGAAAAUGUAUGAUCAGGUCCUUUGCCCAUUUUUAAAUUGGGCUCUUUUCAUUGAAUUGUACAAGCUGUUGGUAAGUUCUCAGUGGUGCUAAUCCUCCAUCAGUUUUCCUCCAUUCUGUAGGCCAUCUUCACCCCCUUUAUGGCUGGUGCUUGGGGUAUACAAGUUUCUAAGUUGGCUGUGCUUGGUGGUGUGAGCCAGCACUGCAGUACACCGCUGAGGCUCCCAAGUCCAAGGCCAGCCCAGCCUACACAGUAAGACCCAGUCUCAGAAACAAUCAUCAUUUUAAUGUGCGUGAUGCCUGAGUUGCCUUCCAUUGCUUGUGUUUUUGAAAUGGAUGCUAAGAAACCAUGACCUAAUGCAAACUCAGGAAAAGAAGUGUUUUAUUCUUAGAAUUAAAAAAAUGUUUAUUUUGAUUUUAUGUGCAUUGGUAUUUUGCACAUUGGUAUGUGUCUGUGGGUGUGUGUGUAUACACACACAUACACACAUCACAUACACACAGACCCUUGUGAGGGUGUUAGAUCUUUUGGAUCUAGAGUUACAGGCAGCUAUGAGCUGCCAUGUGGAUGCUGGGAAUUGAAGCUUGGUCCUUUGGGAGAGAAGCCAGUGAACCAUCUCUCCUGGCUCCUCUUACAAUGCGAGUAAAGUUUCAGUUGUUACAAUGAGUUCUGCUCCAAUCUGAGUUAGUUUUACAUAUAUGAUAUGUAGCGGGAUAGUCUAGUUUCAUCCUUUUGCAUGUGAGUAUCUGCUUAUUUUUACCCCUAAUUACUGAAUUGCUUCCGUAGGCAGUCUUUUGCUGGAGACCUCUGAUUCCUGGAUCUCUGGGAGCACGGUGGGACCAUUGCUGGUCUCUUGUUCCUUUUUUUACCUUCUCGGUCUGCAUUUAGGUCGACUGCCCUUCCAGUCGCCUCCUUCCUCUCCCCGUGUUCUCUCUCCUCCUGUUAGCAGGACUGGGUGAUGCCCCUCUGCUCUGCCAUUUUUCUUGGUACUAACACUUCCUAGUUCUAGAGGAAGGCCAUGACUAAAUGUUUCCCAAACAUUUCCAUGCUUGGAUAGAGAGGCAACCGAGUCACUUAGAGUACUUUGCUCAAGGCGAGGCACUGGGAGAAACAGGACUAAUUGGGCCUCUGACUUUUAGCCCAUCAGGCUGUCUGUGGCUCCCGUUCCCAAGUGAUAGCUCUACAUGAGCCACAGGAAGAGAGACUAAAUUGAUACCUUCUUUUUCCAUACCAAAGUGGGUCUAAGUGGAGAGCCAAAGAUGGCACACUGUAGAAAGAGCAGAUGGCAUGGGAUGUUCCAAGGCUUGUCUUAGGGUCUGUAUUAGUUAGUUAUUUUUCUCAUUGCUAUGGGAAAACAUCUGACAAAUACUUAAGGAGUAAGGGUUUCUUUCUGGCUCACAGUUUGCAGAUCCAGUCUGUCAUGGCUGAGAAGUCUUGGCAGCCAGAGCAUGGGACAGCCGGGAGCAGAGACAGAUGGAUAUGAUGCUUGUCUUUGUCACACCUUCUUUGUUUUUCUUUUCCUUUCUUUUUAAUACUUAAUAUACUUUUAUUUUUUUAUUAGAUAUUUGCUUUAUUUACAUUUCAAAUGUUUCCGUUUCCACAUUACCCCACUGAAAACCCUCUAUCCCAUCCUUCCUCCCUCUUAGUCACAGUUUAUUCCUGCACAAAACAUCAUAACCAAGAAGCAAGUUGGGGAGGAAAGGGUGCAUUUAGCUUAUACGUCCACAUUGCUGGAUAUCACCAAAGAAAGUCAAGACAGGAACUUAAGCAGGUCAGGAAGCAGGAGCUGAUGCAGAGGCCAUGGAGGAAUGUUACUUACUGGCUUAUUUCCUUAUAGAGCCCAGGACUACCAGCCCAGGGAUGGCACCACCCACAAUGGGCCCUCCCACCCUUGAUCACUAAUUGAGAAAAUGCUGGAUCUCAUGGAGGCAUUUCCUCAAGAGGCUCCCUUCUCUGUGAUAACUCCAGCUUGUGUCAAGGUGACACACAAAACUGCCAGUACAGCUUUUUACUCUGCAAAACUUCAGCCAUGAAAUGUUAGGGUAGGUCUUCCCACCUCAAGUAACUAGUCUAGACGACUCUGCACACUGCACACUUAGCUGGCAGGGCAGAGACCAGGUCACGGAGGUGGUCUUUCCGGGGCAAUGCUUAUUCACUGUACCCUGGACGUGCUUGACUGAAUAACUGUUGGUACCAGGGGAAUGCAUUCUUGCUCUCACUGAAGGAAUUAAAAGAACAGAAAAGAAACCCAUUGACAGACAUAGCCAGACAUGGUUUGUUUCCAUGGUGAUACUAAGUCCCAUCAAGUUGACAAUCAAGAUUAGCCAUUGUGGGGGUCUAGAAAAAGGUCAGACAUUGCCCUAGUAACCUCUUACCCAGUCUGCCUGGAGCCCCUUGAGAGCUAUUAACCAGGAAAAGGCUAGAACCCAUAAGCACAUCACCAGUUCCUAAGUCCAGGGUUGCUUCAGGGGCUGGCCCAAGUAGCUGGAGUUCUGAAAAUUAUUAACACAUCAGUGGAAGAAAUAGAAAGACUCUUUAGCUGUUGUCAGUGGAAAGUUGAGGUUGUUGGGGGCAAGGGGAAUUGAAUAUGGUCACUGCCUUAGGUACACUGGAGGGACAGGGCCAAAAGUCCAGGGUCCCAGGCUCCCUUUAAUACAGGAACAUGAUAUAACCCAUUGAUAUAGUGUUUGUUCCUGUGCUUGAAUCCCAGAACUGCCCCUUAAAACAAGAAGCAUUGACUUGGAGACCUGAAAACCUGGAAACUAGUUAGUAGGUGAAUCUGAGGAGUGGGGAAAGUUACCAUGGUUUCCCAUUCAUCGAAGACAGGUGACCUUUGCUUCUCCUUCACAUACACAGUGACACCCACGUUGCUGUAUAUAAACCCUAGUGGAUGCCUGCUCAUCAAGUCCCAGGCUUUCCCUGACUGCAGCUAGGUGAGUGUGGUUGUAGGUGUGGCCCUCAGAGUGAUGCGCUGCUGGCUGUCACCCGAGCCAGUCUACUUGGCCAUUGUGGGCCGUCCUUUUCCCUUUCCUCUUCCCAUCUCCAUGUCCUCUGAAGACAGGACUACUGGGCCCCAGAAACAGUGAGACCCUGGGGAGCACCCGGGCUCCUUCCCAGCCAAAGCCAGGUCUACUUAGCUGCUCCUCAGCCUCACUAGGCCCACAGAAGAGUCCCUGAGCCUCUCCAGACACUGCUGUAAAGGGCCUCUAGCCUGGGCCCCAGGCCCUUCUUUCUAAGGGCUGGAGUGAAGAGGUAUCUUCAAACAUAGUUCAGGGAAUGAUAUCCUUACCAUCAAAAAUUACACUAAAUUACUGCAUUUUGGAUUGCUUGUGUUAAAUCAUGCAGGACUGUGCUGUGACUCAAUGGCAGAAUACUUGCCAGCCAUGAGCAAGGCUCUGAGUUCUAUCCCUAGUGCCAUAAAAUCAAUAAUAUAUUGUGGACAGCUGGGUGUGGUGGUACAAACCUGUAAUCCAGUACUCAGGGCAAUGCUGCGACCGGGGACUGAAAGUAGGGUGACUGAGUUUGAGGCUAUUAAAAAAAUGGUUUUCUUUUGUGCCAACAUACAUAGUUUUACCUCUGGUCCUUAAAUACUGAAAUAUUUACUUCCCAGCUCCUCCUUUUUUAUAUUUUUAAUGUAUUCUAUUGUCUUAUUUGGCAGUGAUAGGGAAUAAACCCAGAAGCCAGGGGCUCACACAUGUGAGGCAGGUGUUCUACCACUGAGCUAACCCCUAACCUCAGUUGCCUUUUCUCUCUCUCCUGAGGAUUAUUUAAGGGACUCUCAAGAAUUCAGGGCUAUCUUAUCAAUGCAUUUUGCAUACAUUUGGGAGAAGUAGGAAGUGUAUUCAGAGACGUCUGGAGAGUUCCUUGCCUUCUGUGUAUCUCACUUCUGGAAAGUUCUGAUCCUCACUUGGCUCCCAGGGACCUUGCCCAGCCUUCCCAUGAGAGAGAGUACAGAGGUCUCUUCCUCAAAUGCUCCCUGUUACCUGGAACCCUGCUCGGCCUUUGUCCUGGUCCCCUGGUCAGGGUUUGAUAGAAGAGAGGACUUUUGUGCUGUUUAUGGGCUGCUGAGCUUUGGGGGUGGUGGUGGUGGCCUGAGCCUCCUGCUAGAACCUGUCCUAGAAAGGACAGCCUGAUCUCAGCGGGUGCCUUGAAGACUAAACCCUGUUAGCUUAGCGUCUCUGGAGCCUGCCGACCCUCCCCACAUAUGCUGGGCCCUUCCGGAGUGGUUGUGAUUGUGGGCAGCUUCCUGCCUUCCCUGGACCCAGAUCCUACAGUCCUUGUCGAGCAGAGUCUCAUGUUCUUGGGGAUGUUUAUGGAUUGUGUAUCAUCUGUAGGCCCUUCACGGCUUCUGCAUCCCCUUGCAUCCAGCAUCUGCUCCAAACUUGCCUCUCCUAUAUUGCUUGUUGACCCACUUCUCAUUGAGUUUUUCUCCCGAGCUCUCUGUCUGGGUUUCUAGCUGGGCAAACUGUUGAAACACGAGGAACAGAUUGGGUCCUUAAACUACAAGCAAGUUGCGCAUCCUGUUUUCCAAAUCCAAAAUUCUAUACCUGACCACAUGGGAUGGGUCACAGCCAAAACAUGGAUAUACUACAAACACAAUUACCCUUGGGUCAUGUGUACAGCAUACGCAGAAACGCAAGUGGGUCUUGUAUUUAGAUAUAAAUCCCAUCCCCAAGGUAUUACAUAUGUACGUACUGGAAGUUUAAGAUCUCAGCCUGCCCUGACAGGCUCGGUUUAUCUAGGAUGUGUAGCCUCCAGGGGUCUGAGCCAGGAUGAGUGUCUAGCAUCCCAGGUCCUGUGCAGGCCACACCUGCUAGGCACGAGGACAAGCUUCUUCCCACGUGGCUGCCCUAGGGCUUUGUCCCUGGGCUGACGGUACUGGAGCGGAGAGCUUUGUGGGGCUAGCAUUAGAGACAAGCGAAGGGGACUGUUUCGUGCACUGACCUAUCUCUUCCUGCUGGGUAAAGUCUUGUUUACUUACCAUAUUCUUUCAUGCUUUGAAGUGAUUCUUUCUUGAGGUUUUCUUAUCUACCUUCUUCCUCUAGGUAGGGUGAUUCUUUUCUAAAGAUAGUGGGGUUUUUUUUUUUUGGGGGGGGGUAGUCCAGAUUGGUCAAAUAUGAGCAGCAGGUCACAGGGAAGGGGGCCAUGCAAACCCAUGUUGUCAUAAUGCCAUGUUGUUUUUGUACCUGAAAUAAAGCAUAUUUUGCACUUGUAAAUGAGAAAUCUGUAUGUGGGCUCUG